CCACAAAGACUCAUCAUCAUUCAGCCGGGCCAGCAGAAGCAUAAGAAUCAUCACCAGCCUUUUGGGAACCAUUCCACACCCACAAAACCCAACUCAUCCAAGCCACUCACCAGCUCAAAUAGAAUCAACACUGCUUCUCACCUCAAAAUACAUCAACACCCCUCAACACCCUCUCAUUCAAACCAAACACCUAUCACAAUCGAUCUCACUGAAGCAGACUCUCCCGAACCAAUCAAAACCAACUCGAACGUCUCAAAACCUGCAACACCACUCAAAACACCUAGCAAGAAACCCAUCAUCCAUCCUAAUCAAUCCAACACUUCAACACCAGCAUUCAAGACGCCAAUCAAGAACGCCAACAAACCUACCCAUCAGAACCUACUCCUAUCUAAUACUUCAACCCCAUUCAGAACGCCGCUGAAAUCAAAUCUGAAUGGCUUGGAUUCCCCAUCAUCAGUAGGCAAUCUCUCCGACUCAUCACCAACCACGCCGGGCAGUCCUUCGACCCUCCGCUGUGCUGGUGUCACUCAACAGGGUAAACCUUGCUCCAGGAAACCAAUGAAAAGACACAACCAAGAUUUCGAUCGCCUGGAGCGAAUCCUCGACAGCUCGAGCUCCGCUCCCGAUGACCCUACUUCUACCACCUCCACUCCCACUAAUAAUCAUUUGAAUCCCUCGUCUAGAGUGCCUAGGUUUUGCUUCCAACAUUAUCAGAAAUUCAUCUCUCAAUCUAAAUCUUUUCGCGAAAAUAGUCGGUUGAUCACAUAUUCUGAAUGGAUUGCGGAAGAACUGCCCGAAACAGUGAGGAUAACGUUGAAGAUGGAGAUGGAAAAGUAUCCGAAUCCGAGAGACGGGGACGACAGCGGAUACUUAUACUGUCAUGAGAUGCAUCCCCAGCCGGAUAAGCAGAGAGAGGAAGAAGAAGAAGAAGGAGAGGAGGGGACGUACAUCAAAGUAGGCCGAUCGAUACGACCGAUCGCCAGACUUGGAGAAUGGAAGAAACAGUGUCGCUCGAAAGACCCGAUCUUGCGAGGCUUUUUCCCCGAAUCAUCAUCAUCUUCAACAACAACAACAACAAGCACCACAGCCACAACAGAGGAUGCGAGAAUCUCGGAGACGUGUUGUUAUCUCGACGGCGCCCAAUCAAUCGCCCCCAAGGGAAUCCGGUUCCAUCGCAAAUGGGAACGGCUCACCCUCGUCGAACUCACUGGGUGGGCCCAACUGCACUUCCCCGCUCAUGAUCCUAAAUCUCCCUGCAUCGAUUGCGCCAAAGUUCAUGUUGAAAUCUUCUUUCUUAAACUGGGCUCUUAUGAGAAAUUGGUCAAACCUACUAUCCUUAAAUGGCUUCAUUGGUGCUCAACCCAUUAUUCCUAAUCAAAAUCAAUCACUUGCUUCACUUCUUUUUUCUUUUUGCCUUUUUUUGGGGGGGUGGACUGUGUUCAAGUAUACAAGUGUUGUAUUGUUUUGUAUUCUGAUCAUCUUUCUUGAGAAUAUGUUUCUAUAUCAUCCUUCUUUUUAUCCUGAUUCUUUGUCUCGCUCUCUCUUGCUCUAAAUUUCCCAGCUUGAUAUAUGUAUCUUUCCUGUAAAUGAACUGAUGUCAUCAUCAUCAUUAUCAUCAUUCUCAUAUGGACGAUUAAUCUACUCUACUCUACUUUUCCUCUUUCUCUCUAUCCUUUUUUUUAUCUUGCUUUAAUUCUGUCAACAUACCCCACCCCCUCCCACUUAAUCAAGUUUUUUUAUUCUCCUUUUGUUGCUCAAAUUGUACAUAGUCUCUGUCUCUCUGUCUCUUUAUUAUGUUCAUAAUCCUCAGGUUUUUCUUGGGAGUUUUUUG